AUGACUAUCACCCAAGUGCCUUAUCCCUCACCCACUACCCUUAAGAAGUUCCCUCAUGUGCAUGAUGAUCCAUCCACCUUGUCUCACUCCUUGGACCCCUUCACCAUCACCACUUCCACAGGGUUUCUCCCCUAUGCUACUGCCCCUGUUGAGCUCCCUGAGGCCUUUCAACCUUUGAAAUCUCUUGUCGAGCGCAUGCCCGUUGUCAAGGCCGAUGGCACACCUGGUCUGCUGGCUACGUAUGAGUUCGGUCCUGCUGUUGAGGCUGAUAUGCCCGACUUGACUGAUGAGAUUGAGAAGCUUGUCCUACCGGAUGGUUCUCCUGAUCGCUUCAACAUUGCUGCUGUCUUCCGGGACUAUACCUUUGUGGCCUCAUCUUACCUGCUUGAGCCAUGUUGGGAGAACUGGUGCAAGAGCCCUGACCAGGGGUACGGACUAGGUCGAGAGCUACUUCCCAAAUCUGUUGCUCGUCCUAUGUAUCUCUGUGCACAGAUUUUGGACCUUCCUCCUUUCAUGUCCUAUGCUGCAUCUUAUGCUCUCUUCAACUAUACUCUUGCUGAUCCCUCCAAGGGUCUGUCUGAGUACUCUAAUCUGCGCCUGAUUCGUGGCUUUGAGCGUGGUCUGGACCCCAAGAGCUCCGAGGCAGGCUUCAUCUUGACUCAUGUGGACAUGGUCAAGGAGACUGGUGCGCUCAUCAGUGGUGCGCUUCGAGUAGUUGAUACUAUUGAGCAUCGUGGUCCACGAAAUGAGAUCAAUGACGGCUUCCGUGAGAUUCUUCAUGCUAUGGAAAAGAUCGAAGCAUCGAUGGAAGAUAUGUGGGGUAACUCCAAGCCAUCCGAGUACCUAUCCUUCCGCGUCUUCAUCUUCGGUAUCACCUCGCAGUCCAUGUUCCCUAAUGGUGUGAUCUACGACGGUGUCGAGGAUAACAAGCCACUUUCUUUCCGUGGCGAGAGCGGUGCCAAUGACAGCAUUAUUCCUCUUCUGGAUCAUCUCUGCCAGAUUCCCAUGCCUUCAACUCCUCUCACCAAAAUUCUCCACGAAUUCCGCGCCUACCGACCACUCCCUCACAGAGAAUUCUUGACAUACAUCCGCGAAAAGUCAGAGGAGAUCGGCGUUCAGGAUUAUUCCGUGCAGGAUUCCGAGACUGCCGUUCUAUUUUUGAGGGUGCUCAACCAUGUGCGCAGCUUCCGCUGGCGUCACUGGCUUUUUGCGCGUGAGUAUAUCAUUAAGCGCACACCACACCCCACAGCCACUGGUGGAAGUCCAAUCGUAACCUGGCUGCCUAACCAGCUGUCUGCCGUUAUGGAUCUGAUGGUCAGCAUCUACGAUGCUCAUCUUGCACCUAAGGAGGGUGUUACGAUUGUAAACGGACAGAAGGAUCUGAUUGCCUCCCACCGAAAGCAGGUUGAGCCCAUGAUGGAACUUGUUCGUGAUCAGAGGGAUAAGCUGGCGAAGGAGGUUCAGAAGUGGUGCCAGGAACGAGGGGUCUAA